AUGGCAGAAAACGCGCCGCCUGCGACCUCGUCCACUCUCCCGCCCCCUCUUCAACCAUCUGCUGGAGCCCCAGGUCAGCCCCAAUUCGAUUCCGCUCAGGGUAACGGUCAGGGGACUGGCUCUCACAUGCCUCCUCCUUCGCUGCCGCCCGUGGUGAUCCCACAAAAGACAAACCCCAUUCCUACAGCCAUUACCUCGCCCAUGUCUGGGCAAAUGAUGUCGCCUACUAGCACGGGCGGCUUUGUGCGUCGAGCCGCUCCAGAACCAAACAAAAGAGCUCUCUACGUGGGUGGCUUAGACGCUCGAGUCACCGAAGACAUCCUCAAACAAAUUUUCGAAACAACCGGCCACGUGCAGAGUGUCAAGAUUAUCCCAGACAAAAAUUUUCAAAGCAAAGGCAUGAAUUACGGCUUCGUGGAGUACGACGAUCCUGGUGCUGCUGAACGAGCCAUGCAGACCCUCAACGGCCGUCGUAUUCACCAAUCUGAAAUCCGGGUGAACUGGGCCUACCAAUCCACUAAUAACCACAAAGAAGAUACAUCGAACCAUUUCCACAUUUUCGUCGGUGAUCUGAGCAACGAAGUAAACGAUGAGGUUCUUCUCCAGGCUUUCUCUGCCUUUGGAUCUGUAUCUGAAGCCCGUGUUAUGUGGGACAUGAAGACAGGCCGCUCCAGAGGAUACGGUUUCGUCGCAUUCCGCGAUUUUGACGAUGCCGAGAAGGCUCUCAAAUCGAUGGAUCGUGAAUGGUUGGGCUCACGCGCAAUUCGCUGCAAUUGGGCCAAUCAAAAGGGACAGCCAUCAAUCUCGCAGCAACAGGCUAUGGCGGCCAUGGGCAUGACCCCCAGCACUCCGUUUGGUCACCACCACUUCCCAACUCACGGUGUCCAGAGCUACGACAUGGUUGUCGCUCAGACUCCUCAAUGGCAGACAACUUGCUACGUCGGCAACCUUACCCCAUACACUGCCCAAAACGACCUGGUUCCCUUAUUCCAGAAUUUCGGCUACGUUGUCGAAACCCGUUUGCAGGCAGACCGUGGUUUUGCAUUUUUGAAGAUGGACACUCAUGAAAAUGCAGCCAUGGCAAUCUGCCAGCUCAACGGUUAUCAAGUGAAUGGUCGUCCGCUUAAGUGCAGUUGGGGCAAGGAUCGUCCACCCACGGGACAGUUCGAUGGCUACCAAGGCCAACAAGGUGGCCCAGGCUUUAAUGCAUCUCCUUACUUCCCACAAUAUGGGGUCCCAGGUGCCCCGAUGAGUCCUCAAGGUCCUGCUCCUGCUGGCCGCGGUUGGGACCAACAAGGUAAUAACUUCACUGGCGGCGCCGUUCCCGGACAAGGCUAUCAGCCUCCUGCCAAUGUGAGCGGCUAUGGUCGUGGACAAACCAAUGCUGGUAACAACAACUUCAAUCAGAGUGGCUACCAGUCCUAA